AUGGCGCGGCAACCGCCCUCCACGCCUAGCAACACCGUCACCGCCGCCUCCGGGCUUUCACCCUUCCACGAGGGUGGGUCAGCAGCCUCCUGGGAUGCCAUUGCUGCUGCAACAUCCCACCGACGCUCAACUCAGCCUAUGUCGUCCUCCUCUCCGCUGCCUGCGCGGGAGCAGAACGCCUAUCUCAUGCCGACAAGUCCAGCGAAAGCUCGCCGGGGCAGCGCCGAUUACCGUCCAUGCAUCAAAAAGGCGGUCGGGAAUGUCCCCGCGUGUCUGGUGAAUGCUUCCGUUACCUAUUGUGGCAAUGAUCAGAUCUACGCCUUUGGAGGCUUUGACCAGUUUACAGAUGAAGUCUACAACCACGUCCUACGGCUGAAUUUGAACACCCUAGCAUGGGACUUGGUUGACAACUAUGGCGACAUUCCGGGAGUUCGCAUGGGCCACACCGCGUCUCUCUACGAAGGAAACAAACUACUCGUCUUUGGUGGGGAAAAUGAACGCAGUGAAUAUCUUUCUGAUCUAGUCAUCCUUGAUAUACCGUCCUCCACCUGGACACAGCCGGACGUCCGAGGCCCUCUUCCGCGCGGCCGCGCCCGUCACGCCUCGGUUAUCUACGAGAAUAAAUUAUUCGUCAUCGGGGGCGUGACUGGGAUCGGAGGCGUGACUGGGGAACAAAACAACCUGAUAUUGGACGACCUGUGUUAUCUAGAUCUGAAAACAUGGACAUGGUCACGGACGUGGAGUUUCACUCCCCGCUUCGACCAUACGGCUUGGAUUUGGGGUGGUCGUUUGUGGAUAUUUGGCGGGCUCGGCCCAGACAUGGAACGGACCACCGACCUCUGGUGGUUGGAUCUCAAAGGCAGCCCUUCAUUGGGAAUGACGACCGAGGAACCCCAUGCGACACUCAGCCAUGCAACUCCAAGCCCAGGCGCUUCUCUCAGCCCCCCAAGGCAACUAUCCAGCAGAUCUAACGGAUACGCAGCAAACUCCGCGAGCGUGCAAAUUCGUUCUUUUGUCCGAAGAAAGCCAACUGCACCAGGCGCCAUAUCGUCUUUGAAAUUCCACUCCGGCCCGCAUGUCCCAUCUCUGCUCUCUGGCACACAUUUCCAUGUAUAUUCAUCUGGCCUACUUUUAGACCUGAUUACUCCCUCAGAGACUGUGAGGCCUUUCGAGUGUAAUCUAUCAUCGCUGGAGUUGGACUCUCUCCGCUGGCAAAGACUUGCCGAUGGCCAAGAAGUCUUUCGCCCGGGUUAUCGGUGGCACUACUGCACUAUAAAUGAAGAUGGCACCAAGGCUUGGCUUCUGGGUUGCAAUAUUGAAGCUCCGACAGGGGCCGGCGACGACAAUCAGUUGAAUGAAAUUCUUUGCUUGGAUUUGGAGAAAUACGGGCUUCUCGGCAAUGAUCUUGUUUCAGAAUCGUCCGAACAGAACCGCAUUCUUGCUUCUGAACGUCAGGGGUCUUCCCCUCAUAACGUCGGUAUCGGCGCAGAUUUGCUAGCGGUGUUUGACCAGGCCCCAGAGACGGACAGUGGGACCGACUUUAUCAUUACCGCCGAUAGCGAUGACCAGGAGCCUGAUGAGGAGGCGUUUGAACCUAUUUCUCCACGCCAAGGCCAAUCAGAGCCUGCAUUUAUUUCUCCUACGGCAUCAACAUCCGCACCGAUCCAUGUCCACCGGAUUAUCUUACAGGCUCGAUGGCCUCACUUCAAACGACUCUACGCUGCGCAGAUGGCUGAGUACCACACAAAGAGAAUGCACAUCCCAGAACCGUAUUCGGUGGUCCGCGCAUUUCUAUACUAUCUAUAUAGCGAUAGCAUCUUGGACCAUCCCCAGUAUUGCACCAGCAUUCUCGACGUUGCCGGCAUGUUGGUUAUGGCCAAUCUGUAUGACAUGCCCAAACUGCGCUUGCUAUGCGUCCACCGAUUAAGCCGAGAGCUUGACGUUGAAAACGCGGCCAUUAUCUGGGAAAGAGCCGGCCGAACCAACGAAGAAUGGCUUCGUCGACGUGCCGCACAGUUUUGCCUAACAAAUUGGGGAAGGAUUGUUCGAACAGCUGGUUUCAAGUCGCUCAAUCGCCAGAGCCUCAUCGAACUUUGUGAGGUUGUCGACAUGGAGGGCAGGAUUAUUGCAGGCCCUGAAUUGGAAUUCGUCGGAGCUCUCGGCUCUGGCUCUUUGGGUUCGAAGCGGCCUCGACUGACUGGAAACUCGUUAGUGGACGACAUGGAAGAUCUGGAAGGGGACGACGAAGAUGGCAUGGAGCUCUCCUAA